UGUUGUUUUUAUUAGGGAUGUCCGCAGCUAAUACACAAUGAAAACACAGUUUAUGUAAGUUUAGGGAAAGUUUUCUCGUGUACUUGUCAUUUUCGUGGAAAUUUGGGUAUUUAAGGAAAGUUCCGCAGCCUGAAAGCUCGAGUCUCUAGAGACCUGGAAGCGUAUAUUAUGUUUUACUACGAUGAAGGCGUUCUUUAUGAAUAUUAAUUAGCUUCCCCAAGGCAGCGAAGCUGAUUGGCUCAAAGGCAAGCGUGGGCGUUAGUCAGCUGGCCAAUUAACGAGUAGUGGAGGCUUGGUCAAUAAAUAUUAAUUUGGUUUUCAUACUGACAGCUCCAGGAAGGUUACCAAGCAACGAUUGAAUGACAUUUUUAAUAUACAUGAGCUAAGCCUUCAUCGUAGUAGGUUUCGCAAUUUCAUAAUUUCACCGGAGGAUGGAGGAGCUUCGCGUGCUCGGAGUAGCACAAACAUGGCCACCUGGUGAAACCAAAACACAAGCGAAACGGCGGAUGCUCUGCUCGUAAAUUCGCCUUUAGACCGUGCAAAUCAGCGUGACAGCUCGUAUCAGUUCGAGAUUCAGAUGCUGACCAUGAGUUGAUGCGGUUUACAAACCGGAUUUACAGGAAUGGUUUCGUUUGAUAACGUUUGAGCUGAUUACAUCACUUGGAUUAUUGCACUAACCAGAAGAGGCUUUAGUGUUGAACCCCUUCAGCCUGAGUCUGGGAUCGUGGCAGAUAUUGAGGUGGAAGGCAUUUUCUCCUCCGAUUCGGACACCUUCUACGAGCUCAAGAGUCAGCCCAUCACUCCAAGUGGCUCUCUGACCUCUGCUGACCCCGUGACCCCAGCCGGCUCCGUGAUGACGUCACGUGUGUUGAUGAGGCAGGAGCUGAUGCGACAGCAGGCUCAGGACCAGGAGAGACGAGAGGCCCAGAAACAGGCCUCCAGCGCUCAGCAGCGCCUUACUGGCGCCACCCCUGCCAUCUCCGUCGCCUCUUCCCUGCCUGCCACCCCGGCCCAGGUGCCUGUGGAAGUGCUGAAGGUUCAAACUCACUUGGAAAACCCAACAAAGUACCACAUCCAACAAGCUCAGAGGCAGCAAGUGAAGCAAUACCUCUCUCACACUCUUGGCAAUAAAAUAGCCAAUCAGACGCUGGCAACGUCGCCUUCUCCCCAGCCUGCCUCUGCCCCUGAGUUGGCCCCUGCUGCCAGUAGCACUCCCAGCAGCCCGCUGGCUGUGCUCAGCCUUGGAUCGAACAAAGAAGAGAUUGAAGACGUCAUCGAUGACAUCAUCAGCCUGGAAUCGAGUUUAAACGAUGAAUUUAUGACACUGAUCGACUCGGGUUUGCAGCUUCCCAACACGCUGCCAGUCUCAGGAAAUCUCCUGGAUGUGUAUAGCAGUCAGGGCAUGGCGGCGCCCACCAUCACCGUCAGCAACUCCUGCCCUGCAGACCUGCACAACGUCAAGAGAGAGUUGACCGAUGCAGAAGCAAAAGCUAUUAUGAAGGAGAGACAGAAAAAAGACAACCAUAACCUGAUUGAGAGAAGAAGAAGAUUCAACAUUAAUGACCGCAUUAAGGAACUCGGAGCUCUCAUUCCAAAGUCCUCUGACCCAGAGAUGCGCUGGAACAAGGGCACCAUCCUAAAGGCGUCGGUCGACUACAUCCGCAAGCUACAGAAGGAGCAGCAGAGAGCCAAAGAGAUGGAGACGAGACAGAAGAAACUUGAACACGCCAACCGCAGUCUGCUGCUGCGCAUUCAGGAGCUGGAAAUGCAAGCUCGUCUCCACGGCAUCUCUUCAUCUCAGAUCUCUGGCUCCACGCUGACCCAGUCGCAGACCUUAACUCUGGAUCACAACCCCAGCAAUGACCUCUCCAAGACCCUUCUGUCCCUCAACCAGACCACGCCCUCUUCCUUCUUGUCUCCGCCUUCUUCUACCUCCUCAGUUGGCGGGGCAGUCACCAGUCCUCUGGACCUCGGGACUCUCAGCUUCGGCGAGUUGGAUGACCCCGCCGCCUCCGUGUUUAGUCCAGCCCUGAUGGCGGAUAUGGGGUUAGGCGAUAUUUUAAUGGAUGACAGCAGCGCUCUGUCACCUGUAGGGGGCGCCGAUCCCCUGCUUUCCUCAGUCUCCCCGGGAGCGUCCAAAACGAGCAGUCGUAGAAGUAGCUUCAGCAUGGAAGAAGACUUGUGACGGCUUCAAUUCGGACGAUAGUUGCAAAUCCUGCUUGCGCGCUCCAUUGUUGGCCAGUAGAGGGCAGUGUAACCCCACGCUCUUUAUUAAUCGCUGUACUGUAGAAGUCUCGUAAAAAGAGUUUGAGAUCCUCAAGACUUUUUUCUAGAGUAUAGAAAGACUUCGGGAGCAGACGCUGAUGUUUAGAGCCUCAUUUAUCAUCUGGACCUCUGAUGAAUAUAUAGAAGAAUAUAUGUACAUAGAGUAGAUUUAGUCCUAAACAUCUAUUUUGUGUUUUUAAUAUGCAGUUAUAUGAAAAGUAGCACUAUAAUAUUAACUCAAGGUCAAACCACAUGAAUAUAUUAGACAUGUUGGGGAAAAAACAUGCCUGAAUAGUAAAAUAUAUAAUUAUUUUUAGGUUCAGACCUCACUCGAAUGGUGGGCUCCAAAAGUCUGAGACUUUAAACCUUGAAAUAUGCAAUACGCAGGAUUUUGAAUUAUAGAGUAAAAAUAUUUUAGAUUUUGUACUUGUCAGCUGCUGUCAUUAAAGUGAAAAGAGACAAACCAAAUACUAAGAUGUUAUCAGUUUAACUUUUAACUUAAAUUAUUAUGCUAAUAACAUACACUACUGUUCAAAAGUUUGUCAGUAUGUUUUUAUAAAAUAAAUUAAUAUUUUUAUUCAGCAAAGAUGCAUUAAAGGUGCAGUAAGCAAUUUCUGAGAAAUGCUGUUGAUAUUUGAAAUCAAGAAAACAAACACGCCCCUACCCAAAAUGAUCACACCCCUUUCUUUAUAACCCCGCCCCCAAAUUCACAAA